UUUCCCACCCAUGUGAUCAGAAGCAAGAGCUAUUUAAGGGAGGCCGGCGGCCGCGCCUGGAAAAUAUAUAUAUAUAUAAAUAUAAAGAGCGCCAAGCCAGCAAGCGCGCUGCGUGAAAGCUUCUCUUCUCGCUGCACAAACAUUCCCGGCAAGGCUCGCCAUGGCUGAAGCUUUCGCAGGCGUCUGGAACCUGGUCGACAGCAGCAAUUUCGACGAUUACAUGAAAGCUGUCGGCGUGGGCUUUGCCACGAGGCAGAUGGCAAACCUGACCAAACCCACCACCAUUAUUGAGGUUGACGGCAACAAGAUCACCCUCAAGACCCAGAGCACUUUCAAGAGCACAGAGAUCAAAUUCACAAUAGGAGAAGAAUUUGAGGAGACGACCGCAGAUGACAGACAUGUCAAGUCCCUUGUGACACUAGAUGGAGGGAAGCUCCUUCAUGUGCAGAAAUGGGAUGGGAAGGAGACCUCGCUAGUCCGAGAACUGAAGGAUGGAAAGUUGAUUUUGACUCUGACGAUGGGCAACGUGAUCUGCACCCGUACCUAUCACAAAGCAGAAUAAGAGCCUGUACCUGUUCUCUUGCCAAGUCAUCCAAUGCCAAACUUGUUGCCAAAUUGCCUUUGUGAUUCCCUUCCUCCCCACAAGUGGUUUUUUUUUUUGUAUAGUUGUUGAAUCUUUU